CAAACGUCGUUCUGGCCGGAGGACGAGGAAAACGGCGGCUCCGAGCUGACGACGAUGAGCUCGCAAUUGCGGAAGACACGGAGUAUGGACAGCUCCUGUCUGGAGCUGCGACUGGGUCCGCUACCCGGAAACCCGCCGUCGUCCGGCGGCCACCUCGGUCCGGCGCUCCAUCUCCCCGCCGCUCUUUCCCGAGCGAGGUCGGAGGCCAACCUGCACGCCUCGACAUUAUCCCUCGGCCCUGAGGUUCCAGAGACCCCACCCCGACCUCGAUCCAUGGCGCCCCCGAUGUCCCGUAACAGCGCGAGUGGCACCGGAGUCGGCGCCGGGGGUUGGGGAGACGCCCCCCUCGCCAGAGCUCUCUUUGCCUAUCUUAGCUCGGGGGAGAAUCAGUUGAGCUUUCUAGAGGGUGAUCUCAUCGCGCUGAUGGGAGACCGUCAGAAGGGAUGGCAAUUUGGUGAAAAUCUGCGCACUCAAAGCACGGGGUGGUUUCCCUUGGCGUACACCGAAAUUAUAAUCGACGACACUGUGGGGUAAGUAAACCUUCCCGAUCUCGAGUAGGGUAAUGCCGAAAUUUCGCACUUAUGGUCGCUCGUUAUUAACCCUUCCAACUCCAAACAUUUCGCGUUGAAAUCCCGCGUGCAUUUGAGAUAGUAAAUUGGUAAACAUUCUCACGUGGACCUUAAACCGCGCACCUAUUAUU